AUGGAGCUAUCUCGACAGGAAUAUCCAGCGUUGCUGGAGCGUCGUCGUGUGGAGGAGGCGUAUACCCAAGGUUUGCGCAAGCUGGCGAAUCGCUCAAGCCUGGACAAUGGUGCGGCACUCGGUGUUUUUCAAAUCCCUUGGCAGCGCAUCCUUACCGCGACCGAGGCGCUCGCCUCUUCACACGAGACCCUUGCGACGAAGAUCGAAGAAGAUGUUGAACGCCCUCUCAGGGAAUACAGCACCAAAAACCAUGAUAUGCAAUCAAUGCCUGGAAUCCAAAGCAAUUUAGCGGGAUUGGCCAAGAAUAUCGAGUCAUCCCAGGACAAAGUGGAAAAGGCCAAAAAGAAGAGCACCAAGAACCCUAAACAGCUCGCAAUUGCAGUCGCUGCCGCGGAAGAGGUCAGCCAACAGUGGGACUCGCGUGCACCUUUCGUAUUUGAACAACUCCAAGCUGCAGACGAAGGUCGUCUCAAUCAUCUGCGAGAUGUGCUCACACAACUGGAGACCCACGAGGUUGAUUCAGUUGAACGCGGCCGGCAGGCUGCCGAGAGCUGUCUGAAUGUUCUCCUGAACGUGCAGACUGCAGAUGAGAUUCAAACAUUCGCUGCAAAGAUGAAAGGAAACCGCAUCCCGGCCUCGCCUGCCGUCCCUCGAGGAGAGCCUCCCCUCCCCGAGACGCCUCCUGCCCCACCCCCUCAUUCGGCCUUUGAGACCCCAACUAGCACACCGCUUGCACCUCCCUCUCGAAGUCAAGAUGAUGCGGCUAGCCAACGGUCGGAAAGGUCCGAUAGACAGACGUCUACUCCAACAACACCUGUCCCAGAAGCACAGCCACGAAACACCGCAUUGGGAGGACUCAGGCGACUCGGUACAGUCAUGGGCAGACGGAAGAGCAUGGUUGUGCCAUCGGGGUCAACCUUUGAUAGGAAAGCAGAAAAGAAGCGCAGUCCAUUUGCGCCAUUCAAGAGGUCCGACUCAUCGAGAGAUAUGCAAAUUCCCGAAUCGCCUCCUUCCACCGCAGAUCGUCCCGGGACAUCGAUGACUGACGAUGAUUAUGCACGAACCUCCAGCAUGUCUCGGGAUCAGACGGCAGGGGAGGCUCUUGCUCCCGUUCCAAUUGCACAGCCAUACUCCUCUACGACAAACGGUACCUCUCCAGAAGCCCGCGCUGGAAUCGUCAGGAAUGGCACUGAUCCUUCACAUGUUGAUUCGGAAGGAUUUACUGAACGACCCUCGACUGUAGAUGAGGUUACCCGUGCGCAGAGGGAAGCCGCUGGGCUGGAUGAGUCGGGUAUGAACUUGACAAUCCGUGAUCAGCCCAUUUUCGAAGACGAAAACCAGGCUAAGCAAGCCAUGGAUGAAAUGGCGAAUACUCUUCGCUUGCGGGCUCCGCAGUCUGUCAUGAGACGGAAUGCAGGCACUAUCCGCGGUCGCCGUGAUGUUCGCAAUACGGUCUUCAUUGCAAACCCAGGAACCGAAUUGGCUCCAAAUCAAAUGGCGCCCGAUGCGUACUCCCCAUCCUCUCCAAUCAGGCACACCCCCUCUUUGAGUACUGUAACGGACGACCAUGCUAUUUCGGAUACAACCUCAGUCCGCUCCGGGCAUACUACGCACGGGCAGACCUUCAGUAUGCACCCUGAACUUUACGAGCCCGGUUUGAAUGCAUCAAUCAUCGAGACAGUCAAUGCUUGGUUUUCAGAGGGCAAGGUAACCAAGUCCUUUGUGACAGGCGAGCUUGCUCUUGCCCACAAUGUCGCCCCUGGCUUUGCAGCAGACUCCUUGCGCAUUCGUCUCGAUAAUUUCCCCAUACUAGAGAAGGUCGCUGCGAACCCACACUUUGUCCAGGAAACCAGCAAAGACACCGGCGAUGAGAAGCGAGGCGAAUACAACCUCCAGCUGGGCAGUAUUUCUCGGCCCAUGCCUACGGUAGCAUUCAAGUACCAAUUGCAUCUUGACCAGAGCAACUCAUCGUCAUACUGCCCUGUCAUCUUCAAACCAGCUUGGAAUCUUCAGGGAUCUCAAGCCAGUGCCAUUGUCUUUUACUCUCUCAAUCCAGCUUUUGUUUCCCAGCCUGUGCAAUCAAUCACUUUGAAGAACGUGAUUUUGACUGUCGGCUUGGAUGUAGCUUCCGAAGACGAGAUCACCAAGCAACCGCGCGAAAGUAUCGCCCAUGCCACCAGCGCUGUCAUGCACCCUAACUCCGGUGCUACUUUCCGCCGCAAGAAUUCCACGGUCACCUGGAGGAUUCCCGAGCUUGAAGUCAAGGCACCUGGCUCUGGUGAUGAUGGAAAGUUCCUUGUGCGUUUCUCCACAUCCACCCCUGGCCCUCGUAGGGGCAAUAUCGAGGCCAAGUUCGAGCUCCACUCUACCGAAUCUGCCUCCCGACUUGGGGUCAGUCGUGCGGUUUCGGAAUCCACUCAGCAAGAAAUUGAUCCUUUCGCUGAUACCGGAAAACAAUCCCCUGCCCCAGCUAGCUGGCAAGAGGUCCCAACGAGCCGCAAAUUGGUCGGUGGAAAAUACGUCUCUGCUUAG